GCCCCUCGCCUUCGUCUCCCUCUUGCGCUCUUGCUCCUGCCCUGCCUCUGCCUCUGCCUGCGAUCGAUUUCCGAGCAAUUUCGACCGCCAUUCUUUCGUCGCGUUGCGUCGCGUACGGCUCACUUUUCUCCGCCGCCAAUUUUCGUUUCGUCGAAUGGCGUUCUGGUUCGUUCGCUCCACUUUAGUUGAUAGUUUCCUCUGUACCUGCGCAGUAUUGGACCUUACUCCUUGAGAGGAGUUCGGGAAUUGAAGCGCAAUUGGGCGUGCUGCACUAUCGCGUUUUCUCGCUGGUUUAUAGAUAAAAUGAUGGGCGUGACAGAUGAGAACGGGGUCAGCAUGAAACUUUAGUUUGAUUUACUGAUGUCUCUAUCGGAGGAGCCUGAAAAAAAAUUUGUCACAUGAGACGCACCUGGACAUAAUCCAUCGAAUCUUAAAAGAAAAGGGAGUUCUUACGAGGGUCGACUAGUCUGUUAUCGCCACGAACUGGACUGAGAUGUGAAGGGCCAGUCUAUCAAGAAGAAAAUGCCGAUUCAGAAAACUCGGCAUCGAAGUCUUUGUCCAUCGUGGGCAGAAAUGGAACUUCUCUCCCAGUUACGGCUUUCAGUACGACGCUGAAGAUUGAUGGACGCAUUGUUUGCAGUCACAAACAUGGGGAACGAGAAGCUGGUUAAGGAGAGCUUGACUACACCUUCGCAGAGGCGUAGAAGACUAUCAAAUAUUACAAAUCUAUCCCUCUCGGCCAACUGGUCCAGCCAUCCACGAGAGGAUAGUCUGCUCAAAUCAUGCAGCAAGAGCAGCGAUUUUCAGCUCCAGCAGGCAGCCCUCAAUGUCCGUAGCAAAGAUACCUUGACAGUGAUAUCAAAGCGACAGGCGCCUGAUCUCUUCGUGGAAAAUAUUGCGUUGAAGAAGUUAUUGGCGGAGAAAGAAGAAGCGUUAGAACUACAAGCAGGAAGCAUGGAGCAAAUGCAGAAAGAAUUUUUGAUUCAGUUGCGUAGACAAAGCCAAGUAAACGAGGAGAUUAUCAGCUUCAAUUCACGACUAUCAAGGGAAGGAGGCCAGUUGCGUGAUCAAUACAAGCUUCUUCAGCACGAAUACUGUCAGAUGACUGCUGCUUACAGAGUGCAAGUAAACGAGCUUCAGCUCAAAUUAACAGAAACACAAGAGCAGUUGAAAAGACUACUCGAAGAACAGCAGAGCCAGAGGUCAACUCCCUCGCCAGUUGAGCAGACGCAAGUGCCUAGAAAACCCCGGAGCCACGUUCACCGACGGCAUUCCACGGCUGGGAGGAUAUUUCUGGAUAACGACUGGAAUCACUCCACCAAACUCAUACCAGAGAGAGCAGAUGAAAGUGUAUCCAGACCAGAAAUACGCAGACGAUCGGGACGUGUCGUAGUUUCGAAAGAAGCUGUGCCUAAACUAAAACUCAACACCCAACCCGCCCCUGGAUCGAUUAGACACAUCAAUAGAUACAGUGAUCUAAUUGGGCUUGAGCCUAUGGCGGAGGUCUGCGAGGAAGAGUAUUCUCCUUGCAACUCAGCAAACACUACCUCAAGUUCCCCACAUAGUGAGAACGUUUCCAGAAGUCUACUUACAAGCGAGUCAAAUAGUAGUAGAACGGAUGAUGCAACUGCUUGUAGUCUCUCUAACAGGAGCUCAGAAAUUAGCGUUUCCUCUGCCAAGGGACUACAGCCCUUCAAAACGAAUAAAGUGAACCUAGUCGCCCCAGAGCUACAAAAAUCCACCAGUUCAUCCUCAGCACCACACUUCUCCAGGAGGGUGUACAACACUCUGGUCUCUGGAAGUGGGAGGCCAGUGAGGAAAGCCGUGGAGAGCGUUGGCACUUACCGAGAGCCUCCUCUAAACACAAAAAUGCGUAGACCCUGUUAGCUCGGCAAAAAAUGUUGUCAUUCUCGCGACGACACAGGAUGAAAGUUCGGUUCUCAAUCAUAAAGCCUCCAACAUUCGUUUGUAGAGAGAUCAAAUGUUUCAUUUGUUGAGCGAAUGGUUGGAUGGCCACUUUCGUGGCCACCUCCAUCAUUCAUACCCAAUACAGCUAACCAUUCAUUAGUACUUACAAAUGUCUUCUGAAUAAACAGAAAUAGUUUUGCCGAAAAGAGUCUCUCAAAAGCUUGUCUGAUAUAAUUUUCACAUGCCGGAGUGAAUGAAAAUGGAAGUACGACAAUAAACACAUCUACUCUUCCCUGCUCAGCAAAGAUCCACCCUCCGACACAAGUCUGGUGAUAGCUUUAUGUUUCUAGAUUCUGUUGGCUAAUUUACAUGCAUCAGACUUCCAAAUUUCCUCUUCGACGAAUAGUAUAACAACAGACUUGGUUGCAUUAGGAACACAAGGUUGUGUUGACAAACACUCUAGUCUCUAAAGCGAGAAGGGCGUGCACUCGCGAGAACCGAAAGUUUUACAACGUGAACGAAAUCCCUGUCGGAAAUCUCCUGUCCUGUCAUUUUUAUUCGUAAAAGUCUGGAGGUUCACUCACUCUAGCAGACAAGAACGCCUCUCGUCUCAGUUUGCACUGCAUGUACCAUCACAGCAACAGGAGAUUCUCAGCACUUCUGGCCAAAGAGUUCGCUGCAGAUAUAUGUAAACGAGCUGACUAAUAAAUAUCUGAUGAGAGAUUACGAUUUAAGAUG